AUGCACCCUAGAUCUAAGCACUGGCAUCAGCUGGACCUAAUUAUCACUAGACGGAGUCAACUAAAUAACGUUCGUAUUACAAGAUCUUACCAUAGUGCUGACUGUGACACCGACCAUGCUCUAGUCUGCUCUAAGAUCCAGUCACGCCCUAAAAAACUGCACCGUGCUCGUAAUGCUGCCAAAGCUCGUAUCAAUGCGGCUGCCACUACAAUCCCACAGAAGGUUCUUACCUUCCAAGAACUCCUUGAAUCCAAGUUAGAGAACUAUCAAGAGCUUAGGACUGAAGACCACUGGAGACAUGUCAAGGAUGUGACCUAUGAGGCAGCGAUGCUUGCCUUCGGUAAAUCGGACCGCAGGAGCGAGGAUUGGUUCGGCGCCAAUAUAGCACACUUGCAACCCCUGAUCGAAGCGAAGCGACUUGCCUUACAGAACUUCAAGCUUAAUCCAACCUCACAAUCUCUCGAAGCUCUACGUGAAGCUAGAAGGCAUGCAAAAGAAGAGUGUAAAAAAUGCGCCAACAAUUACUGGUCGAAUCUUUGUGCUAGGAUUCAGUCUGCUGCUGACACUGGCAACGUCAAGGGCAUGUUUGAUGGUAUAAAGAGGGCAAUUGGACCAACACAAAUAAAGCUUGCUCCGUUAAAGUCGUCAUCUGGAGAGAUCAUCACGGAAAAGUCCAAAUUGUUGGAGUGCUGGGUCGAACACUACAGCGAUCUCUACGGCACUGCAAGUUUCAUUUCUCCCUCUGCAAUCAACCAUAUUGAAAGACUUCCAACUCUGUCCGAGCUGGAUGAAAUGCCCACCAAAGUCGAACUCCGUGAAGCCAUCAAAGUAAUAUCUUCUGGCAAGGCCCCUGGGCAAGAUGGCAUCCCAGCAGAGAUCUUCAAAUGUGGCGGAGACAAGCUCCUCGAUUCUCUCUUCAAACUCCUUUGCAAGUGCUGGGAGCUGGGAUCCGUCCCUCAGGAUUUCAGAGAUUGCUCCAUUACCAACCUCUACAAGAACAAGGGGGACAGAAGUGAUCGGAAUAACUACCGCGGCAUCUCACUUUUGUGUAUUGCUGGUAAGCUAUUCGCUCGAGUGGCUCUGAACCGUUUGCAGAAACUUGCUGAAAGGGUGUACCCUGAAUCGCAAUGUGGCUUCCGCUCGAAUCGCUCAACAGUUGACAUGAUAUUCUCCCUGAGGCAGCUUCAGGAAAAAUGCCGCGAACAGCAAAGACCCCUCUUUGUCGCCUUUAUCGAUCUAACCAAGGCUUUUGACUCAGUCAGCAGAGACGGUCUGUUUCACAUCCUACCUUUAGUCGGCUGUCCUCCGAAGCUCCUUAACUUUAUAAAGUCAUUCCACGAUGGGACCCGUGGCACUGUUAAGUGUGAGAGCAACUCGUCCGAGGCAUUCGACAUAAACAUCGGCGUUAAACAAGGAUGUGUAUUGGCACCAACCCUCUUCAACAUCUUCUUCUCCGUCCUUCUGAGACAUGCAUUUGGCUCUGCUGAUGAAGGCAUCCUUCUACGUACUCGCUCAGACGGGAAACUAUUCAAUCCAGCGAGACUACGUGCUAAGACCAAAGUCCGCAAGUGCACGAUACGCGAUCUUCUCUUCGCUGACGAUGCUGCUUUGGUUGCACACAGUGAGAGUGAGCUACAGUCCCUUUUGGACCGUUUCUCGAACGCUUGUGCGGACUUCAGUCUUGCAAUCAGCCUUAAGAAGACGAAAGUGAUGCACCUAGGCUCUGAAAUUGCGCCUACUUUUACCAUCAACGACUUCACCCUAGAUGUUGUUCCUCAGUUUACCUACCUUGGCUCCACCACCUCCGCCAACGGAUGCCUCGAUGUCGAACUCGGCAAAAGAAUCGGUAAAGCAGUGACAACAAUGACAAAGCUUUCCUCUCGAGUGUGGGAGAACAAGAAACUUACCAUCUCGACGAAGAUCACCGUAUAUCGCGCCUGCAUUUUGAGUACUCUCCUAUACGGAAGCGAAUCUUGGACCACCUACGCGCGGCAGGAGAAGCGAUUAAAUACCUUCCAUAUGCGAUGUCUUCGCCGCAUCCUCGGUAUCCAUUGGUCGGAUAAAGUUACGAAUAACGAGGUCCUCGAAAGAUCAGGUUUACCGACGCUUUUUACCCUACUUCGUCAACGCAGGUUGAGGUGGCUAGGCCACGUUUGUCGAAUGGAAAAUGGCCGUAUUCCCAAAGAUCUUCUUUACGGCGAACUUGCACACGGAUCAAGACCUGUAGGACGCCCGAAGCUCCGCUUCAAGGACUCAUGCAAGCGUGAUAUGCUCGCAAUCGGCCUCGACGUGGACAACUGGGAGAAGCUUGCCGAGGAUCGCAGCAGAUGGAGGUCUGAAUGUGCUGCCGCACUCAACUCAGGGGAGUUAGAGCUGAAAAGAGAGGCCGAAGAGAGAAGGCAGAGGAGAAAGGCAUCCGAAAUUCGAACUGGAUCAAACCCAUCUCAGACGUCUGUCCUCGUUUGUCGUUCAUGUGGUCGCACAUGUGCUUCGCGCAUCGGGCUUUUUAGUCAUGGAAAGAAAUGCCAACGUUCAUCGCGCUGA